CGCAUAAGGAAGCGAAGCGGUUUAGUUGACAGUAAGCUUGUUCACUAUGGCUGCGAAGGUAUUCUUAACGAGGAGAGCUGACCCCACGGAGCUGAAAGAGAUUUUCUUGAAGUACGCAAGCGUUAAGAAGAACGAUGAGCACUUCAUGUCACCGGAGGACUUCGUGUCAAGGUUCCUCCACGCGCACACCGACGUCCGGUUGUCUGACGAUGCCGUGACUCUUCUAGCUGGGGUGGUGGAUCAGAAGAAAGAUGGGCUCAUCUCCUUCCAGGAGUUUGUUGCCUUUGAGGCAGUGCUGUGUGCUCCAGACGCUCUCUUCAUGGUCGCCUUCCUUCUCUUUGACAAGACGGGACACGGGAUGACCACAUACGAGAACACUUUGCAUCAGCAUCUAUACAAUACUCUGAAACUAACCCCUCUUCUCUCCUGUGCAUGUGUGUGCAUGUGUGUGCAUGCGUGUGCAUGUGUGUGUGUCCUGCAGGCGGGAGGCUCCCAGGUGAUCUUCACCAACCCUCUGGAGAUCGUGAAGAUCCGUCUGCAGGUGGCAGGAGAGAUCACCACGGGCCCUCGGGUCAGCGCCCUGUCUGUCAUCAAAGACCUGGGCUUCCUGGGGCUCUAUAAGGGAGCCAAGGCCUGCUUCCUGCGGGACAUCCCCUUCUCUGCGAUCUACUUCCCCUGCUAUGCUCACCUCAAGGCUGGCAUGAGCGAUGAGGACGGCAGGAUAGGGCCUGGGAAGAUGCUUCUGGCUGGGGCGCUGGCAGGCAUGCCCGCCGCCUCCCUGGUCACCCCGGCUGAUGUCAUCAAGACCAGGUUGCAGGUGGCUGCUCGCGCUGGCCAGACCUCCUACCACGGCCUGGUGGACUGCUUCUGGAAGAUUCUGAGGGAGGAGGGGCCCCGGGCCUUCUGGAAGGGGGCCGGAGCUCGUGUGUUCCGCUCCUCGCCGCAGUUUGGCGUUACCUUGGUGACCUACGAGCUGCUGCAGAGGUGGUUGUACGUGGACUUUGGAGGAACAAAGCCCUCUGGCUCGGAGCCGACUCCCAGGUCUCGGAUCAGCCUGCCGGCGCCCAACCCAGACCACAUCGGAGGGUUCAGGCUGGCUGUGGCCACGUUCGCUGGCAUCGAGAGCAAAUUUGGACUCCACCUCCCCCGAUACCGGGUGCAGGCAGAAGCCCCAACCUCUCCCACCUCCCCCCUGAAUCUCCCCCUCUCCCCCUGAACAACCACCCCCUAAACCUCCCCCAGAGUCUCCCCCCUGAACCUGAUUCCCACCCCUCUCUACCCUCCUGUAGGGGGCAGGAUAGAGCAUGGACCUCCACCCCACCGUAUUCCACAGGGAGAUAGGAGCACACCAGUAGAAUGUACCUCUAAGACAAAUAUUGAUAGUUGAUAUGUGAAAUAUAGAACACAUUGAUUAUUCUCACGAGUUCUGUUUCGACAGUAACAGUUUGGAAACUAAUUCUGGUUAGCUCUUUUAGUUUUCUGAAAGGAAACGUCUAUGGCGGGGUAAAAAUCUAAGAUGUUCAUCUUUUAAGUUAUAUUCUGAAAUGUAGCAUUUAUUUAUUUAUAGUACACUAUGCACUAAAGAGGACAGCCAGAGGUUAUGAUCCCUGCACUAUUACCCUUCAUGCUAACUGGUUGUGUGCUAACCUAUUGUAUGCAAACUGGUUCUACGCAGUCAUCCACCAGUCAGAUCCGCUUGGCACAUCCACCCUGACACAUCACUUAAACAUAGUCAGUUUGCCUGGCUAUUGACUAUGCAUCACAAUGUUAUCUGUGCAGUAUGAGACAAAGCACACAUUUUCAUAUCAAUCCUUCUUGGGGGUAACUGUACACUUGAAAAUGUGUACUUCUGUCACUGUUACCAUGGUACCUCCUCAGUGUCUACGGCCUAGAGUAGGAGAACCCCACUGUGAAGAAUACAUGUCUGUAACUGUGAGCACAGCAGAAGGCUAGCAGAUGGUGCUGAAUGUUUUUUAAUAGCAUCAAUGUCAGAGAAGUCUUUAUUGAAUGUGUACAGAGUGAAUAUAGAAUGUUUAUAAAAGUGUGUUAUAUUUGUGCCUUGC